AUGGAAGACCCAUUCUUGAAGUUCUCGCCGUUUGCCGGCAGCGACAACCUGCUUGUGCGCCACUCCCUAGAGAUCAUCGGAUCUUUCCUGGUGUACCAGGUGGUUCUGAGCAGGUGGCUGGUGCCCCGCGUGAAUGCGCUCGUGUUCGGACGUCACUACACCGAGCUCAAAGAUAAGGACGCGCGGCUCAACUUCGACAUCCAUACUGUGUCAAUGUUCCAGUGCGUGGUGAGCUUGGGGCUAACAUGGCCAAUCUUGUUCCAGCCGCUCUCGUUGAGCAUUGUGUCCUACCAGGACUCGUACACGUCGAUGAUAUCUGCCAUUACGUGCGGGUACUUCCUGUGGGACCUGUAUGUGUGUUUAAAGCACUUCUCGCUGUUUGGGAUCGGGUUUCUGGGCCACGCUAUGGCGUCGCUGUACGUGUUCGUGCUGGCGCUGCGUCCAUUCUGUCAGUCGUGGGUUGGAAAGUUCCUGAUCUUUGAGGCGAGCACCCCAUUUGUCAACAUCAAUUGGUUCAUCAGCCAACUGUCGCGCACUUCGUCGCGUCCCGUGGUACCAAUGUGGUUCAAUGCGCUCAACGGACUACUCUUGAUUGGCACUUUUUUCGUGGUCCGCGUGCUAUGGGGGUUCACCGCCAUUGCAAUUUUGUGCGCCAAGUUAUGGGAGGCACGCAAGGUGCUGCCUACGUGGAUCCCCACAACUGUGAUUACUCUCAACCUGUCGCUGGACGCUCUCAACCUGUUCUGGCUCAGCAAAAUGAUCAAAAUUGCCAAAAAGAUGGCGAGUGGGUCGAAGCAAAAGGGCCACUGA